UUUUCUGAAUUUAUCUGCCACAAAACUGUUAUUUUUGUCCUAAGAAGUGAAUUCAAAUGACAGGUGGUUUUUCUAUCUUGGCUUUUGAAACCAAAAGGCGUGAAGGUUCUCAACGGACGUUUCCCAGAUGAAGCCACAGCCACAGGAGUGUUUGUCACUAGAGAAAAUCCGCAGUGCUGGGGACCCAACUCUGGGUUUCUCAAGACCUUGCUCCUGGCCGGCUCGCCUUGUCCGGAGUCUGGACCAGAACAGUGGGGCUUGCACACGAUAGAACGAACGAUGGCCUGAUGUUUUCCAAGGAUGGGAAGCGGAGCUGAGACGCUUCCAGGCCCAGCAGCACCGUCCUGUGGCCGUCUGUGUUACAACGCGGGCCGCCUGGCCGUACCUCCCUCCCUCUGGCUACACAGCCAGCAUGGAGGAAGGCCUGGGGACGGGUGGGCUCCCGGGGUCCCCAGCGGCAAGGCAGCCAGAGCUGGGAAGACCCGGCAUGUAGGCUGGCAGAGCGGGUGUCUCUGGGCUGCGGGGUAGCGACAGUGAGCGCCUUUCGUCGUAGCGAGGAGAGGACCUGCAGCCCUCGCGGAGCCUGACCGUGGGCCGUGUGGGCAGAGCUGGGAAGCAGACCCCUUCAGACAGCUCAGUGCAUCACAGAUGCACGGCCCCCUGACUGGUGAACUCGGGGUGACCCGUCCUAAAGACACGGUCCUGCGAGUGGCAGGGCCGGACGCCUGCAGGAGCUCUUCACGGCGUUGCCAGAAGUGACGGCAUCAGGAAGAAACAUGAAUGGCGUGAAAGAGGGACGGAUCGAUCCAGUGUGUGAAUGACCACGCAUCCUUUCUGGGACAGUCCGCAGGGUCCCGAGCAACUGAAGCAGCAGCGGGAUAAGCUGAAGCAGUACCAGAAGAGGAUCACGCAGCAGCUGGAGCGGGAGAGGGAGCUGGCCCGGCAGCUCCUGCGGGACGGCAGGAGGGACCGGGCCAAGCUGCUGCUCAAGAAGAAGCGAUACCGGGAGCAGCUCUUGGACAAGACGGAAAACCAGAUCACCAGCCUGGAGACGAUGGUCCAGAGUAUUGAGUUCACCCAGAUAGAGAUGAAGGUGAUCGAAGGGCUGCAGUUUGGAAAUGAGUGUCUGAAUAAAAUGCACCAGGUGAUGUCCAUCGAGGAAGUGGAGCGGGUCCUGGACGAGACCCAGGAGGCUGUGGAAUACCAGCGGCAAAUAGAUGAGCUGUUGGCAGGAAGCUUCACUCAAGAGGAUGAAGACGCCAUCCUGGAGGAGCUGAAUGCAAUCACUCAGGAACAAAUCGAGCUCCCAGAGGUUCCUUCAGAGCCCCUUCCCGAAAAGAAACCAGAGAAAGUCCCUGUCCAGGCCAGGCCCAGGCAGGCCGAGCUGGUGGCAGCCUCUUAACUCGGCCUCCUCGUGUAGGACUGGUGGGGACUCCCCAAGGACUGGGGCCCACAGAGGGUUUGGGGUGUGGCCGGCCGUGACCGGUCUCCCAGGAGGUGGGUGCGGGGCCAGGCCUGCGGUGCUGACGGAGCAGAGCAGCGCACGCGGCCGCUACCGGGACGACUCCAUGGACCUUUCCCGGCGCGGCUGCCGUGCUCUUUUCUGGAUUAAAUGGUGACAUUCAAACCCUGUGGCCAAACGCGGCUUCUGAGGCUGUGGCUCCCACGGGGCCAUGGCAGGCCCGUGGUGCUGGUCACACUUCCUGUCCCUGGCCCCGCGAGGCUCCGCAGGCCGCUUCUUCUGUGGGAAGGCGCGUCACUUCUAACGCCAUCCCUCCUUCUCACCCUUCCUGCUGCUCCCACUAGUUGGGGGGGCUCCAGCUAAGAGGCCCUACCUGGGCCUGGCCUCCUCACAGGCCCAGGUGCCAUGUGGAUUCGGGCUGGAAACCUCUCCAUGCUUCUGGUCGGCGUUGGGGGUGGGAGUGGGGGCCAGGAAGGCCAAGUCCCCGCUGGAUUGACGACUCCAGGGCCCUGCCUGCCCCCUUCACUCGCGGGUCCUGCUGAGAAGGGACGUUACAGGACAGCCAGCGGGGCCUGCGGGGGUUCCCGCAGGUGCUGACGGGACCUGUUUGUCCUUGGGACUCGCUGUGGCUGGGGCAUGGGAGCCUGCAGAGACGCAGCUGUCAGAGCCGAGCAGAGGCUGUGGGCACGGAAAUGACUCGCUCGCUCGCUCGCGGUUCUUUCUGGAAUUAGACAGCCAGGCUGGGGUUUCGCUUCCUCCAAGAAAAAAAGGAAAGCCGGCCCCCCAAACAGGGCAGCCCACAUUAAAGCCGGUUCCCGCA